AUGGCAAUGGUGGCAGCAUCCGAGUGCGUUGAGUGCGCGGAUUUGGUCUUCUCUGCCAGCCGUGGUGAACAGUCAGCGUAUCUUCUCGCACCCCGUGAGGGCUGCGGCAGCUUCGUAAAUCUGGUCAGGAACAGAGAAGCUUUUGUGAGCUUCAUGCGCCAAGUCUUGCACCUGAUUGAGAAGGUGGAGGGCCACCGAAGCUAUCAUCUCCGAGUUUCUGCAGGCUCAGAGCUAUCCACAGGGAGCGAGCAUGGGGGGCGUUUUCUACCUCCACUGAGCGACCAGCUGGCGGCCCACAUUCGCCAAGCAGGCUUUUCGGUGUUUGUCUUUGCCGACAGCGAUCGCAAGCGAGAGCCUUCAGAUGCGGACAACCUGCUGAGUUUGGACGCCCUCGUUGACUACAUGGAUGCAUCCGGCAGGCAAGUGAAGCUGCCGAUUACAUCCCGUGACAUUACCCUUCGUGCUGGUGCUUUCACCCGUUGUGUACUUGAUGCACAGGGUCGUCCGAUCUUGGUUGUGGUCCCGAACCGCUGCGUGCAGUUUCAGUCGGACUGCAGUGAUGACGAACUGGCUGAGCUUUGGUCUCUGGCACUGGAUGUUAUCGAUGACCAGUGGGGCCAGAAGGAUGCUGAUCAGUUUGAGAGCAUGCGCCUCAAUGCUGGCUCAUUCCAAAAUAUUCGGCAUCUACACCUAAAGGUGUGGAUGAGUGGCUGA